AUGGCCGUCGGUCUAUUCAUCACGAUUUUCCUUCUUUUCCAUCGAAUUUCUUCGUCAAACAGUAGUGAUGAGGGAAUGGAACCCGACAAGAACUCGUCGAGGCUCGAGGAAAAAUCAGUGGACUCUGCGAACGACCGACGAAGAUUGGUGCUGCUUUUGAAAGCCGGGAUAGAUUCCAAAGUCGCCGAAAUGUCAAGGACCUUUUCCGCGUUGAAAGCCGAUUUCGAGAAGGAGUUGAACGAAACGAGGAAAGAAAAUGCCGAGGUCGAGAGGAAAUUGAGGUCCGAAAGCAUGGAGCUAAAGGCCGAGUUAGCAACGAAAAUAACCGAAUUGAGGGCUCAAAUACAAUCUGAAAGGGAAAACAAAACGGCCGAAAUCGCGAAGUUGCAGGCAGAUUUAGAUCGAAUGAUGAUUUGGGUCUUGGAUCUGGAUGGCUGGUUGUAUUUGGAAGAAACCGCUUCUUGGUACAAGUUUAUCGAUCAAAGAAUGACAUUCGAUGAAGCCGAGGCAUAUUGUGGGGGCAGAAAAAGCCAUUUAGUCUCAAUUCACAGUCAGGAAGAGAACGAUUUUGUUUGGAAACUCCCGAAAAAUGUUGGUUCGGAGUCUUUGUUCUGGAUCGGACUGAAGAGCAAUCCGAACAAAGAAAAUGCUUUUGAAUGGACGGAUGGAAGUUCGGUGGAUUUCACGAAUUUGAAGGUUGGAUGGCCGGAUUCGAAAAGCCACGCUUUGCUUUGGAGCCUCGAUGGGAAAUGGACGGUCUGGUCUCCUACCGAUCAGUUUCGUUUUAUUUGCAAAAGGAGCUCUCAAUUCAAA